GAACCCUAUGGGAUGCUGGGAAUUGAACCCGGGUUGGCUCCGUGCAGGGCAAAUGCCCUACCCGCUGUGCUGUCGCUCCAGCCCUGCUCUGGAAUUGUUAUUGUCUUGUUUGAGGGGCAAGCUCAUGGCUGACUCCUGGCUCUGCACUCAGGAGUCAUUGCUGGCGGGGCUCGGGAGGGGGGGCCCCUGUGGGGUGCCGGGGAUCGAACCCGGGUCGGCCACGUUCGAGGCAAAAGCUGUGGACUAUCGCUCUAGCCUUCCUGUGUCCAUUUGAUGGCGGGGCACGAGGCCCACGGAUGGGGUUGGGGAGCCUCCCCCCCCUACUCCCAUUGGAACUUUGGAGAGAUGGGCACCGUGUAAGACCCCAUACCCUCACCACACGGCCCCUUGCUCCAAGUGAGCUGGAACGGGGAGUCGAUGGUUGUGCCCCGCUGUGGUUGAAUAUACCAGGGUUUGGUGGGUGUGACCCUGAUUUUUUUUUUCUUUUUGGGUCACACUCGGCGAUGCACAGGGGUUCCUCCUGGCUCUGCACUCAGGAAUUACUUCGGGUGGUGCUUGGGAGACCAUAUGGGAUGCUGGGAUUCGAACCCAGGUUGGCCAUGUGAAAGGCAAACCCCCUAGCUGCUGUGCUAUCACUCCAGCCCCUGAUACGUUUGUUUGGGGGCCCCACAUGACCAUGCUCAGGAGUUCUUCCUGGCUCUGCACUUGGGAAUCACUCCUGGCAGUGCUCGGGGGACCCUACGGGGUGCCAGGGAUUGAACCUGGGUCAGCCACAUGCAAGGCAAGCGCCCUCCCAGCUGUGGUGGCAGGGCCCUCUGCUGUGCCCUUCCUCCCACCUGGGCCUUUCUCAGAUCCUCGUCUCCCACCUCUCCACCUGCCACUCAUCCCUAGCACCCCCCAUGUUCUCAGCCCCUUCUCCAGCCCCCCUGGCGGCUGCCGUCGCUCCAAAACCUACCAUGAAGGACCCUCUAGUCUCCCUGAGCACGUCCGUCGCCUGGGGCUGCCCUCCCAACCUUUCGAACUCAGAAUUGGAAAAUCCCAAAAGCUCAGGGCACCCUGUCCCCUCCUCAGACUGCCCCCCGAGCCCGUAGUGCCAGGCUGCCAGGCUGCUAGUCUGUGGGAACUCCAGGGAAGAAAAUCCUUCCAGACACUAGUUUUUAACUUUCUUGGGUCAUACCUGGCGAUGCUCAGGACUGGAGCAAUAGCACAGCAGGUAGGGCGUUUGCCUUGCACGCAGCCAACCCGGGUUUGAUUUGUCCAUCCCUCUCGGAGAGUCUGGCAAGCUAUCAAGAGUAUCCUGCCUGGACAAGCUACCCAUGGCGUCUUCGAUAUGCCAAAUACAGUAACAAAUCUCACAAUGGAGACGUUACUGGUGCUCACUUGAGCAAAUUGAUGAACAACGGGACGACAGUGCUACCUGGCGAUGCUCAGGUGUUACUCCUAGCGGUGUUCUGGGGGUUCUAUGGGAUGCUGGGGCUUAAACCCAGGUUGGUCAUGCUCCCCUCUGUGCUAGGGCUCCAGCCCGCUUUCAGACACUUCUGGGUUGAGUCCAGGCCAGGGAUCCCAGCUGGAGCCUCGAUCCCUUUGGUGGCUGGGGCCUUUUGUAGAGAAGGGGACACAUCUGGGGGGUCUUGAGGUUUAUUCCUGGCUCUGUGCUCAGGGAUCACCCCUAGUGGGACUCGGGGACCCCUUCUGCAGUGCCAGACCCCUGUCCACGCCCUGGCGCCUGCAGGAUCUUUGUGAACUGACUCGGCCAGGUGCCCCGGGACUGGGCAGGUCUGAACCCCCAAGUUCACAGCCAGUGGGUCGCCUCUCAGAUAUGGGAGCAUGUCUCAGGAGCACCAGUUCUGAGCCAGGAGCGUGGGGCAGGAUGUGGUGCUGUCUUGCCCCCUGAUGCUGGAAACGGCCCAAGCUGCUACUGGAAACUGUCCGACCCCCGCCUGUCUGCCCCGAGCAAGCGGGAAUGCCGAAGAUGUCAGUUAAUUCCCAGGAAUGUCCGGGCUGGUCCCACCUUCCCGCUGACCUUCCGCCACACCUUGGGGAAGCAGCGGGUGGGUCAGGCAGUCCCCCUGUCGUGGGGACCUCGGGAAGAAGGCCUCAGCCAGGACCCUAAGGCAGUGCAGUUGGCAGCUGGGACCUUCAAUUGGAUGCGAUACUUUUUUUUUUUUUUUUCGGGGGAGGAAGGGAUACACCUGGAGGUGCUCAGGGCUUAGUCCUGGCUCUGCACUCAGGGAUCCCUCCUGGCAGUGCUUAGGGGGACCCUGCUGUACUAUCUCAGGGCACAGCCCCUGUCCCUCCUCCCCCAUCACCAUUUGCACCUUUUUUUUGUUUGUUUUUUGGGUCACACCUGGCGAUGCACAGGGGUGACUCCUGGCUCAUGCACUCAGGAAUUACUCAUGGUGCUCGGGGGACCAGAUAGGAUGCCUGGAAUUGAACCGGGUAGGCCUCAUACAAGGCAAAUGCCCUACCCACUGUGCUAUUGCUCCAACCCCACCGUUUGCACUUUUGGGGGCCACAUCCAACUGUGCUCAGGGCUCCAGGAACUGUAUGGAAUGCUGGGGCUCGAACCCGGGUCGGCCAUGUGUAAGGCAUGUGCCUUACCUGACGUACUAUCUCUCCAGUCCUCUUGAUUUCCCCUCUUGCUCCGGCAUCCCCUUAUGAGGGGCUGCAGCACAGGGUCCUGGCCUGGCCAAGACAGGGCCUCUGCCAGGUGGGCCUCCAGCCACAACCCCCCCUCCGCACCCCUACAUUCCCUGUCCCCGGGCCUCUCCCUCUUCCUGUUUGGAAGCUCAGCCAGCCCCGGAGACAGGGGUAUGAGGGCUUAAUCCUGGCUGGCAAGCAGGCCAGUGGCCUCCCGGGCCACGUCCUCCCCGGCCAGGCUGCCUCUGACCCCCACAACCUGGUACCCAACUCAUGACUCCUGAGCCCCUGAGUGACCCCCCUCAUUGGGAGCCCCCCCCAUCUCCUUCCCUUUCAGACAGCCGGUGGGGCAGCCCGGUGGCCCGCUCUGGGCUGAGCCCUGGCAGCCGAGACGGUACUAGUAGUAAAUCAGGGGGUGUCGGAAACGGGGCUGUGGAAUGUCUGGACAGGGCCUUGGGGCGCGGGGUGUGUUGUUGAGCCUGUAACUCUCAGGGCCGAGGGGUGUGAGCUGGACGGAGCUGCCCUGUGGGGGCCCGAGGAUCUGACGGCCAGCUGGCCCUGGAGAUGGGGGGCCCCCAGUUCCCAGCCCAGGGGAUAAAUUGAGGGUGCAGGCAUGCCCUCUCCCCGACAACCAGCCUGUCGCGAUGGCCUCGGCAAGACUCUCACUAGGAUCUUUGUUGCUUCUGUCUUUGCAUCUGGGUCUUUGUGGGGCUCCAGGAGCUCAGGGGUCCCCCGUGUCGGAAGGGGAAAUCAAGUCUGAGCUGGCAACGGAGAGCGAGAUCCAGAGGCCUCGACUGGGCGGCCGACCGCGCCGGGCCCUGGCCGGCCCGUGCCAGCUCCGGAGUCUGCUGCUGCCCGUGGCGGAGCUGGGCCUGGGCUAUGCCUCCGAGGAGACCGUCAUUUUCCGCUACUGCGCUGGCAGCUGCCCCCGUGGCGCCCGCACCCAGCAUGGCCUGACGCUGGCCAGGCUGCGACGCCAGGGCAGAGUCCAUGGGGGGCCUUGCUGCCAGCCCACUCACUACUCCGAUGUGGCCUUCCUGGAUGACCAGCACCGCUGGCAGCAGUUGCCCCAGUUCUCAGCGGCUGCCUGCAGCUGUGGGGGCUAAGGGGGGCCCAGCCUGGGACCCCAUGGCUGCUGUUACCCACGUCACCGGCUUGGAGAAGACGAGAAGGGAGGCAGCUGGGUGUGGGGCCACUGGCCAUGGUGCAAUAAAGAAGCGGGCUCUGAAAGCCUUGGGUCUGUGUCUUUGCUUUGUUUUGGGGUCCCACCCGGUGGUUCCUAGGGCUUUCUCCUGGCUGAGCUCAGGGAUCACUCCUGAUGGGGCUCAGGAGACUCUUUGGGGUGCUGGAAAU